AUGCUUCCCAGAUCUCGAGCGGAUGCCCUGGAUCACUUGUUCCGUUACAUCAAGUAUCUUGACGAUGUUCGUGAAGUGUAUGUUCGCCACCCUCGUCCUCCCGGGGAGAAGGAUGCAGACAGUUGGCGGUGCCCCGCCCUUGAAUACUACCUCUGGCUCGAGGUCAAAUACGGGCAAUACGGCAUGCAGGAGCGGGACCAUCUCCUCAAAGAUUGCAAUGUAGACUUCAACUACGUCUAUCACGACCGGAAGCCGGACAUAUUCCAAUCCAUUGACUGGGUCGAGUAUGUCCAGCAGCGCACUGACGACCCCUGUGACACAACCGGGGGAGGAGGUACCGUCGAAAUGGGUGCCAGUGAUUCCCCUAUCGUCAUGAUGGAUACAGUGAAUCGAUUGGUCGAGGUCAUCGUACAAGAGGAAGAGGAAGCUACACGUCGUUAUCGGACAGACGUUGGCACCGAGGGUCCCGGAUCUCCGAGCAAGGUACUUCUUGGCAAACGGAAGCAGGAUAACAACGGUGACAACGAUGGGGAACAGUCUGACUCUAUGUUCGAGGCAGAGGGUCAGGGAGAAGCUGACGUUGAGAUGGAGGAUCAGAGUCACACAGAUGGGGACGUCCAGGAAGGCGGCAGCAAAGCUGAGGGGGACAGUAAGGCUCGGGUGGAACAUGCUCAGGACGAGUGCGAUCUGGGAACGUCUGCGUCAUCUCCAAUCCGUGUGGGACGUCGCUGGAGAAGCAAGUUUUUGUGCCUACUUUCCUCCAUUCGAUCUCGUCUUCUGGACCAACAUGGCAUCGACAUAGAUGAGCACGUCGAUGCCCCGUCUAUCACAGCCCUGCUCACUUCCCUAGGCGAGGAAGACCAAUUCACCCGCCGUGCGCUGUCCAUCCUUUUGCUGUGGACUUCUAUCGCGGAGCGAUAUCGGUAG